GGCUUCAAUUCCAUAUCGACAGCCUCACCAAUCGCACCUCAACGUUAUCCGCUGCUGAAUUAUUUGGGGUCUGCCUGCAUCGCAAUGGCAAAGUUACCGAAGCCCCCGAAGGCGUUCCCCGUAAAGCACACGAUACCAUCGAAGCCCGCGAUACCACUGCAUAGACGAAUACAACGAGCGCAACACGAUAACGAACUACCGCUACAUGCCCCAGCGAACCAAACACCUGAACAAGCACUGAAGCGAGUGUUGGCAGCACGUCCGCGGCUCUCAGAUCUACAGCGACUAUCAGAUGAGGAACUGAAGUCGGCGCAACACCAGGCAAAACUGCGGAGAGCAAGACAAUGGCCAAUGUUCGGUAUUGGGUUGAUCGCAUUUGGAUUGGGCACAUACGGAACUAUGCUCUACGCUUCGUUGACGCAGGAUACGGAUCUGAAGGACUUGCCUGAAGACCUGUCGGAUCGAUUUGACAAAGAGGCUGAGGGUUAUGACGAGAAAGUGGACACGUCUGAGAUGCUGCUCUUAUUGACUUCUAAGCGCAAGAAGCUCACUGCUAUGGCCAAGGGACAUGUGCUAGAGGUGGCCGUUGGUACGGGCAGGAACAUACCAUACUACAAGACUAAGCAAUGUGCGACAGUGACGCUGCUCGAUGCGAGCGGGCCCAUGCUGGCUGUUGCAAGGCGGAAGUGGAACGACACGCACAAGGAGUACUUUAGCCGUGUCUUCUUCAAGCAGCAAUCUGCCUUAGAUCCGAUUACGCCCCCAUUUGAUGCCCAAGUUGGAUACGACACGGUGAUACAGACAAUGGGACUCUGCUCCACUCCUGAGCCGGUGAAGCUGCUCCAGAAUCUUGAGUCUUGCACCAACGAGAAUGGACAGAUCUUGCUUCUAGAGCACGGCAAGUCGCAUUACGAGUGGCUCAACACCAUACUGGAUAAGUCGGCUCCAGCCCAUGCCGACGAACAUGGUUGCUGGUGGAAUAAAGACAUCGGCAAGAUUGUCGAAGAAAGCGGGCUGGAAGUUGUCGACAUAAAGCGCUACAACUUCGGCACGACAUGGUGGUUACAAUUGAGGCCCAGGAAGGGCAUGCGGCAAAGAUUGGCCGAGACCACCGCAGUCGAGCAGCCGCUUGCUGCACAAGCCGGAUCCCCGGUAACACAAAAGUCCUGGUGGUCACUGUGGAGAUGAUAACUCGCCGUGGCACCUUCCCCACAUUCACCAUGAUCGAGAAUGACCGAAAUGUUGCAGCUCUGCCGCUGUUGUAGACAGUGUGCCUAAAAUUAUGCCGAGUACACUGUCCAAGCUGUUGCGCUCUAUCAGCCAGCUUAGUUUUGUCUAAAACGACGUCAACUUUACGCGUUGCUGUUGAAGGAGGGGAAGGCCCAAAGCGGCAAUUUCCAGAUCGCGACCAUCGAUAACCUGGGAUCCAACAGAAGGUCAAGCGAGAUCUGCGGUCGGGAUCAUGGGCAAAGGACAAUCGCGUCACAGCAAACUGGAACGCGACAUGGCUCGCCCGAACUUUGUU